AGGUAUCAGGGAGACUUGGCGUGGAUGUGGUAAGGUAUUUCGUAGCGACUGGAUCUUGCUGUUACUGCUAGGCACCUUGACUGCCGCUAUAAGCUUCUGCAUGGAUAUGAUAGCCGACUUCUUAUUGGUACAACGGACUGUUAUCUUUGAAAGUAAUUUUGCCCCUUCGGCCGUGUCGAAGUAUGUCGUGUGGGUUUUAUACAUGCAAGGUCUGCUCCUGGUGGCUGUACUGGUAACUCGUGUGCUCUCCACGCAAGCCAUCGGAUCGGGGAUACCAGAAAUGAAAACAAUUAUGCGUGGAUUCGAGAUGCCAGGGUUUCUCAAUAUGAGAACAUUCAUCGCAACCAUCGUGGGCCUCACCUUGUCCGUGGGUAGUGGUAUACCGAUAGGAAAGGAAGGACCCUUUGUCCACGUGGCCUGCAUGGUGAGCAAUGGUCUCAUGCAGCUCCCAUGCUUCAAAAGUAUUUAUCUCAACCAACAUCACAGGCUGGCAAUCUUCUCUGCAGCAUGUGCAGUAGGUGUGAGCUGUAAUUUUGCGGCGCCCAUUGGGGGUGUAAUGUUUAGUAUCGAAGUUACAGCAACUUACUUCGCUGUGAGUAAUUACUGGAGAGCCUUCUUCUCAGCGGUGUGUGGAGCGUUCCUAUUUCGUCUGCUGGCUGUGUUCUUCACUACCGAGUACACGAUCACGGCCAUGUUCACCACCGGAUUUGAUAGAUUCCCGUUUGAUGUUUCGGAGAUGAUAGCGUUCGUCUUUGUCGGGGUUGUGUGUGGUUUCUUGGGGAUUCUGUUCAUCUGGCUACACGGCGUUGUCAUUCGCUUCAGGGCGUGGUUGCAUAUCAAAUUUCCAUUCCUACAGGAGUCAGUGGUACUCUAUCCGAUGAUAAUAUGCUGCAUCGUAGCUACCUUGCAAUACCCAGGCUUGAUUGGUCGGUAUAUGGGGUUUCCGCCGAAGGUCGCUAUCGACCACCUCUUCUCCUCAGAUCCUCUUGAUCACCAGGAUCAAUGGGACCAUCCGAACGUCUUGGUAGCGCUUUGUGUGUUCUUCUCGCUAAACUUCAUCAUGACAGUGUUCGCCGUCGGCCUCGCAAUUCCUGCGGGAGUCUUUGUGCCCGUCUUCCUCAUGGGAGCUACUUUUGGACGCCUCGUAGGUGAGCUGAUGCUGGACUGGUUUCCCAAUGGAAUCGACGUAACUGAUCCAAGCAGUAUUAUAAUUCCAGGAGGUUACGCAAUCGUCGGGGCCGCGGCGCUCAGUGGGGCGGUAACUCACACCGUAUCGACAUCUGUCAUAGUAUUUGAGCUCACGGGACAGAUAGAUCACAUUCUGCCUGUUAUGAUUGCCGUCCUCGUUGCCAAUUUGAUAGCGCAGCUGUCAGUGCCUUCCUUUUAUGAAAGUAUCAUUCAGAUCAAGAACCUGCCAUACCUUCCUGAUCUGCUCACAUCCAAGCAGUACAAGCUCACGGCGCAAGAUGUUAUGCAGCAAGUAAAUUACUUCAUACAUCCGCAGGCUACAUAUCGACAGGUUCGAUUGAUACUAGUUGAAUGUGUACUCGAGUCUGUGCCUGUGGUAGCCAGUAAAGAAACUAUGAUACUUGUUGGAAGUAUCAGCAGGUCUGCUUUGGAAGUUCUGGUGGGAGACGGAGUACAGACAGUUCCGAAUACUCUGAUGUCGACAUCAGGUGGACGUGGCUAUAUACCGCUGGAUGAAGAAAGCUCUGCAGCGAAAGAUGCUGCAAAUGCUAACAUGGGAGAUGAUGAAGUAGUCCCGUGGUGGAGAGUCAAAAUUGAAACUGCUCCAGUGCAGAUGGUAGCUGAAUCACCGGUGGUUAAGGUUCACCAAAUGUUCGCGCUUAUGGCACUAAAGCAUGUGUACAUCACUCGGAUGGGAAGGCUGGUAGGAGUGAUAUCAUUGGCGGCUCUCGCAGAAUCCAUUAAGCAUCCGAAAGUGUCUACUUUAAAACGUCGUCGUCGUUUGAGCAUCCAGGAGGCACAGGCUCGGGCGGAGGGACAUCGGGAAGGCACGGAAGACGUUAGUAACGCUCCAUGAGGAAUAACACACUCUGUGGAGAGGGUAGAAAGAUAUAGCUGUAGAGAGGGUAGAAAGAUAUAGCUGUAGAGAGGGUAGAAAGAUAUAGCUGUAGAGACGGCAUCGAUUCGUGGUGGCAGCGCAGGUACCCUGUCUAAUUUCUGCUGGAAUAACCCAAGGAUAGAGAUGUCUGUUCAAAAAUAGAAUAGCAUCUGUUCAGAUGUCUUGGCUGCUAUUUCAGUUUGUUUGGCUGAUAUAGGUUCAACAUGUCUGCGUUCCGAGGCGCUAGGCUGAGCAUUCGUUAAAGGCAAGUGAGAGAUGACCGAGAAAAAAACUCAUCUAUUACGAGAAUUGUCUCAGACAGUUUUGACUGUCUCAAUUGUGGACUUCGAUUUAUUCCGUGUUGAGGCUCUCAUGUACUAGUUCGCAUAAACCUCAUCAGUCUGCAUAAGAUCAAUCAACAAAGUUAUGUUUUAAAAUGUAACACAGUAGCGAGAUCACGUGUUUGAACUUCCAAGUUUAGGAUCAAGAGGCGCAAUCGGCGGAAAGAAUUGACGAGCGCUCAAGUGACAGUGAGGAUCGUUCCACGGCGCAGAUUGAAGUCCUGCACGGCGCAAACCAGGACUUCAGUUGCCGGGUGCGAGCAAAGCCAAAGUUGCCUGUACGCUAUAGAUUAUGUUUUUUCGUAGCAAAUUUUGUCCUACCGCACAGGCCGGGACUUUAGCUGCCACAUACGAGCAAAGCCGAAGUUACCUAAACGUCAUAGGUUUUGCAUCCAGAGAGUGAGGAUCAUCCUGCUGCGCAGAAAGAGACUUUAACUGCCAGAUGCGAGUAAAGCCGAAGUUACCUGUAUAUCAUAGGUUAUACAGCAGACUCUACCACAUUUCAGUGAAGCAAAUUAACAAAUUAAAUUGGUUUACCUUGAUGCGGGUA